AUGCAGGCGUCGCUGGAUGAGGGACUUCCUAUUCUUCAAGCAGAAGAUUUGUACAAGAAGUUUGCCAAAAGUCUAGAGUCACAAAAUGGACCAAGCACAUAUGAAAAAGAUAUCGCAAGGAAACUUUUAGAUCAUCCAGAAUGCCUUUCGGAGUUGGCCGACAGGAACAGAAGCUAUCUGGAGAAGCUGAACUAUCAAUUUUUGGAGCUUGAUAGCAAGGAGAAGUUCUUUCGGUAUUUGAACCAGGGAAGCAUCUUGAAAAAAGACGAGAUGCUGCAGAUAAGCAAGGAAAAUGAAAAGUUGGAGAAGCAAAUUGCCGAGCAGCAGAACGAGAUCAAAACACUCAAGGCACAGCUUGAUGCGAAAUCGGAUAAGGUGAUCCGAAUUCUUGUUAAGGAAUGCAAAAAACGGAAUGAGACAACACGAGAAAUGGAGGAAGAAGUGAGCAGGUUGGAGGCAGAAAAGCUUCAUUUGGGGCAGAUAAUAAGUGGUCUAAGUGCUGGAAAGGAGCCAAACAGUGAACUUUUUGUGGGGAAGGGGCGCCCAGAGCUAGAUAUUAUGAAAAAGAACGAAAUUCAGCGUAUGAAGAGUUUGGAAGAGAGUUUGGAAAAGGCCAAGAGGGAAAAUUCUGAUGUUGAAGAACGCAAACGGAUGGCGGAACAGAAACAGCAACGUUUGAAAAAGGAACUUUCUCGAUUAGAGGCGGAGUUGAGGCAAGAACCGGCGGAAAAGGACGAUGAACAUUUGAAAGAGAGGCAGCAACUCAAAUUGAAGCAUCGAUUGCUUCUGCGUUUAGUCAAAAUGUUGAAGAGAUUUGAUACGGAAAGUGUAUGA